AUGAAUGCUGCUCCCGAAAAAGAACUCGGUAAAUUCCUGGGCCUCGAUGAUGCGACAGUGUCUGAACAAGUCUUACCAAUCAUUUCAUCCCACAAAACUCCCAAAGCCUUGCAUGCAUACCUUCGCGACUUGAUCGGAUCUUCACCUGAAGCUAUGUCAUUGACUGAGCGAUUUGUACACUUGCAUUUUCCGAAAGAGGAAGAAUCUGCGUCUCGUCGUGAUGCGAAACCCAUCCGUUUAACUCCAAGCACAUUGAAAAGCGCGCUUGCAGAAGCUGAUCAGCGCGCGAAACCACGACAUUUGGAGCCUACACCGGAGAUGAAGGCUCUGGAUGCUGAAUUGACAAUGCUUUCCACGGAACCUUCCUCAGCGAAUGCAUUUUCAUAUGCGCCGACACAAGGAUACAUGUGUUUAUGCCAAGGCCAGCAACAUGAAUUGGCCAAAUGGGCGCCACUGUGCGUAGCAUGUGGCUUGGUGCUGUGCAACGCGCUCCGUCCCGUCCCUAUUGCACCCACAUCUAUAUGCCCGUCGUGUCAAACCAGUCCUAUCGUUUCUACCAAGGAUCGCAUGCGCUUGCUGAGUGAAAUGGCUGGACUACGCGAGCACUUGGCGCAAGAGCAAGCAGAGCAGGAAUCGCGGCGACAUGCUGAGUGGACGGCUCAGCGACUUAGUGGACAGUUGCCAGAGCAGGCAUUCCCUGCAUUGAAUGAACGUCCGUCCAGUCUAGCAAGACCUACACCUACGAUGCAAGGUAAGGUGCCGCGCAGUCGGACGCUACAUCUUGAUCUGAAAACACACAAAGUCACCGUCUCGAACUCUCGACCCAAGUCAAGUGCAAGUGCAUCAGAGACGUCUAGCACCCACACUUCAAAAAGAAACGAAGGUCAUAGUGAAGAUAUGCCCUCGACAGCCGAAGAUGGCUCCCCACUCAUCUACAAUUUCGAUGACGAUGGAUUCAGGUUCCGCUUUGGCAACGCCUUGUCUCAUCAAGCGAUCAAAUCAUUCGGCCGGCACUGGUCAGAUGUGCCUGCCUCCUCUAUCACAUGUACCUAUAUGCCUUCAAACACACGCGACAUGCCUUUACCUACAUUUGAGACUGAAGAAUUGACCGAGGUGCCUGAGCUCGAUUCACUGCUUCAACGCAGACCGCCAGGAAGUGCAUCGGAUUCACGCCAUCGGAACAGGCAAAGUGCCACGGCCGAGGCUCUUUCCCGUAGUCAGGGGCGCAAGACUGGUAAGCCAGGACGUCGGCGGCGCCCUGGUAAGUAG